CAAGCAUUCGCUGAUUGCUUGUGUUUUGAUUAUGUUUUGAUUGAGAUCGAAAUUUGUGAAAAUCAAUUUUUUUGAAAGUAGUGAUAAUGGUUUCGGAAAAAAAUCCUUAAACUUAAUCCGAGUGUAAUGAUAUUUCCAAGAAUACCCUGCUUGAAAAUCAAUUCAAUCGGAUGAAGAAUAAAAUAGAACGGACGAGUAAGUCACAAAAUGAAUUCUGAUCACUCGUUGGAUUUUCCUAAAGAGAGGCCAUUUAGUUGUUUGGAGCGGCCAUCAUCGCUACAAAUCUUGGCUGCGAGCAAAAUAGCAUCGAGAUUAUGGCUAAACAAGUAUCACGUGCAGACAGGUUACGAACGUGGUCGUUGGGUACCCCCACCUAAUUGGCCUAGAUCGUUGUCGGUGUUCAGUUGCAAAGAUAUGCUCGCAGUUCCUCCCAGAAUCAGGGAUAUGAUCGACGAUUGCAUUUUUCUAGUCGGUAACCAAAUAGCAGCGUGGGAGGAUAACUUGAGGAAAGCGGUGCUGCAGUCUUCAAGAAGCACCGUAAGGGAUAAAAAACUGGUUAAAAUAUUUGCAAAAUGCUUCGACGGUAUCGAUUGUAAACCAAAUGGAGAUAUUUGUUUCGAAAGCUCGGCUAGAAACGCGCUGAUGAUGAGAGAAUUACAUAUUACGACCAAGUUGGGGAUCGCGUGUAAGUUUUGUUUGGAGGAUGAAAUCAGGGAAAUUUGGUCUUCGCAAUUAGUAUCACAAACGCCAAAUGUAUUUGGUAACUCUACGCUGAUGCAGUAUUGGGAAAAUACUUUGAGGAAUAACUUUUUCGCUUACGAACCAUUUGUCGUUGAACUACUGGCUGACUCUCUUGCAGACCAAAAUUGGGCAGCAUUCGAGUAUUUUUGGAAUAAGCUGAGCGAAGAACGCCAAACUGUCGAGGCUAUCAAGAUUGUAAAAACUCACGAUUUCAGUAUUUCGAGACGUGUGCUGCUCAAGCUGAACGAAAAACAGGCUCGAGAAGUGGUACGGGGACAAUCUAUUGAUAAAAUUGUCGUCGAGGUGAUUUCAAACAAAGAGUUUUCUUGGUAUGCCAUACAAUUGUGCACUUGUAUAAAACAUUUAAUUCCUGGCUCUGUAUUUGGACGAAUUGUACGUCUGUUGUGGCGAAUGGUGUUCAAACCUAAAGAAUCUGAGCUCACGAAAAUAAAGCUAAGUAACGUUUUACUUCGAGAAUUGUGGUCAGGGGCACCCGAAUCGUCCAAGUCGUACGUUUCUGCGAGAGAUUUAUUCGCAGAAUUGGACGGCAAUCUCAGAGACAUCAGCUAUUACGAUUCGACUUUCAUGUGCGAGGUAUUGGAGAACGCCAGCGACUACACGAUGAUGGAAAUAUGGGAAAAUAAUUGGUAUAAAAUACUCAUCCGAGCUAGUAUUUCCGAUAUAAAGAAAUUAAUGAAAUUAUGUUCAGUCAACGAUGACGAGAUGGACCUGUCUAGAGAAAGAAAUUCGUCAAAGUUGGAAGAGCUAAGAGAUUAUUUCAACUCGUUGAUCAAAUAUGGACUGUAUUCGGAGUUGUGCGAAUUCUUGGGUUUCUUUGUAAAGGAUAAAUAUCGUUUGGAAACUCUUAGUAAAGAGUUAAUUUUCACAAAUUUACAUCACAUCUGUGCCUGCGACGACGACGAAGAAUUAGACGAGCUUCGUUCGUUUAUUUACUUCACUUUCCGUACCACAGAAACGGCCAAUACGUUUAUCGAGGAUUUGAUCUCGAGUCCGCAAUACUCGACUUGGAUUUAUAACAAAUUAGACGAGUAUUGCUACGACGAUGUUACGAAUCUGUGUAUUAAAUUUCCAUCAUCCGAUGAAAAAAUGCGAAAUAUAAAACGCCAGUUACUGAUGUAUUGUUACAGUAAUUUUUCCAACGGCCAGAUUAUGGAAUUCAAUGCUCGAAAAUUCACCAAAUUCUCGUAUUGGUGUUGCGAUGGCGGAGGGAACGCGUUAGCCGAGUUCAAGAGAGAGAUAAAUAUAGACGAUAUUUUUAAAACAGUUUUGGAUAACUUGAUGCGAGAAUUAAUCGAGUCGAGAACUUUGAAUGGGGCAGUUCUUUCAAAAUUCGAAGAGUUUUUGAUGUGUUUUUUUGUCAACGUGGAAACGUACAGAGCUUAUAAAUCGGCUAAAAUGCCGGUUUACUGCAAGGAUUGUCAAUUGAUGAAAUCUGCAAUAAGAAACCAAUUCCUUAUUCCUCAUGUUGAUUUCUUACUGAAUUGGGGGAUGGGAUUUGUGAAUGAUGCGGGCCAAACUUCUAAAAAAAGGAGGGAAAAUUUAAUGUGGGUUUUAUUUUGAAGUACAUCAUUUUUUCUGCUUAUGAUUUCUCUUUUAUGUGGUGAAUAAAAACAAAGAAGUAAAGUAAUGAGUGUAGUGAGAGUUACAUUGGAUCGUAAAAGUACAAAUAUAGAAUAAGAUGUACCUAUCUACUACCUCUACCUACCAAUUGACUAAAAUUUUAUCAAUGUUUCCCCUGUUUUUAAAAUUUUGUUGAAAAUUAUUUUUAAUGCUUGUAUUAUUUUAUGUAUUUUUCUUUUUCCCCCUGAUUUUUCAUUUUUUGAGUAAGAUUAGAUAAAUCUAUGUUUUAUUUUUCAAUUGUAUGGGGGUUUAAACUCAUACUUCUCAACACUGAACUCUCUGAUCGGAACAUUACUUGAGACGGCUCAAAAGUAUACCUCAAAAAAUCCCCUAUCCCCAAUUUCCUUCUGCUCGUGUUCAUAUGGUAGGGAGGUAUGAAAGUUUUUCAAUUUUCUCAUGUCAUUUGUACUAAACACAGCAAUAUGGCGCUGAUGAUGUUCAAAUAUAUUUGACACACCACCCCCCUUCCCCUCCCCAAAUCUGAUCGCAUGUGUAAUUGUGUAAUUCAUUUUUGAAGGGUCUGGAGAAUUGGAGAAAUUGGUCUGGAAAACUUGGAAAUGUCAGGGAAUAUUGUUUCCAGAAAUGAGUGCACACCAUGUCCUAUCUUCUGGAACUGGGCAAUUUUUCCCAAAACAUAUUGGGUAACGACAGGAGCGAAAAAACCACGAUUUUUUUGAAAAUUUCCUCAUUUUUAAGAACUUAUAAUAUGUUUUCUCCUCCAAGGGUACCUACUGAGCCAAAAAUUUCACUGAGUUUCAUUCAACUUUUAAUGAAAGUCGCGAUUGAAUUUGGAAAAAAUCCUAUUCAAUUUUUAUUCCGCAAUCAACCCUCUGUUCUUGGCUUCAAAAAUUUACCUUAAAUUAUUUGAAAAUCACUUUGAGCUGCUGAAAAUUGAGAGAUGCGGGAUUUUUUAAGGCCUCUUUUCGACUUGUUUUAGUUUUGUUUCUGCUGUCAGAGAAUGUGGUCUGGUGCUCACAUGUUGAAAUUAUUUAUGAGAAUAAGGAUAUGUAGGAAGAGAGAGAGACAGAGAGACUUCGUUAAUUUUUUUUCUAAUCAAUUCAAGAAUGUCGUUUACCUAUUAUUUUUAAAAUAUUAAGUAUGUUUAUUUUAUGAAAGAAAUAUAAAUAUGUUCAAUAAAAUAAAAUCGUUCAGUUGUAUCUGAA